UUAAAGAAAAUUCCAAUCCAACUUAUUUUUGUCACCGUGUUCCCGUAUCAGACAAACGAUCAGCCUAAACCUGGUACACAUUCCUGUGGGGCUAAAGUACGUGGGCAGAAAACAAGCAGACUGGAUGAAAAUGUUUAUUUUAUUUUGACAGAGCACAGCGAGGUGUGUAUAUUUUAAAACGCUUUCUUUUUAAAGUCACAGUUUCGGGUACAAAUCUGGUUCCUAUGGGGAAAGUUCGGCUUCAGUCUGUUAAUAUCAAUGGAUCGAAACGAGCUCUGCUAUCUGUUAAAGGUGGAGAGAAAACUGCCGGCUUCAGCACAGGGUGCGCCUAUCAGCUUAGAACUUCCCUUUUAAAGUCUGUUAAUUGACAUGUUUUCAUCCCUGGAGAAAUCGCUUUUUCUUAAGGUGCGCUUGCGUGCGCCCAGGUGGCCUUACCUUGAUUCCUAGUUAACAUGCCAGCGUUUCUCAACACGCUUCUCAAUCACGGGACUCUGCUCGGUUUUCAGGGGCGGGAUGAUUAAUUAGAGUUUGGGGCGGAGCUUGGCGUCCGGGAGCCGUGGCUUACCCCAGCCCUCGCCGGCGGAACCCAGGAGGCCGAGCGCGGCGCGUCCGGCUCCCGGCGUGCGCCCUGGUUCGGGUACUUGGCGUCCUGCCUGAGCCUCGGGAUGGGGGAGGAGAACGAAGGUCCUUUGCAGCCCGUUCAGGAAAAGGACGAGAGUGGACUGCCCCGGGAUGCUUUCUCUCUUCAAUCGCUUAUUACUAAUGCAUUCCAUGAUGAAGGAUUUCAGAAAAUCAAAGAAUAUUUUCAGGAACAGCGCCAUGUUCCUCAAAAAUAUAACAAUCUUUUAUUACGCCAUCUCGACAGAUCAAUAAAUAAGGAACUGGAUAAAAAUGAAUUCCAGCAUGUUUCUCUGUUGCUGAAAUGUAUCCAGCGAUUCUUCAUUGAUGGCCUCAAAGAAGAUGAGCCUUUACUGAUUAAGCAGGGUCUGAUCCCAAAGAUGGUUUCCUGGUUUGAAAGAACAGUGGAAUUUCUGACCAUGGCAGACCUAGCCUCAGACACAUCUCUGAAGAACGUGACGGAAGACUUUUUUGACACAGCCUUGAUUAUUUCCAGAAGAAGUAGUCAAGGGAAAAUUCAGAUGUUGAAUUCCUUCAUAUUUACCUUGGGAUUUCUAGUGACAGAAGAAGCUGUAAAUCCUUUGAUCCAGCGGGAGGCACUGAGGAUCUUGAACGGCAUUCUGCAAGCUGUACCUCGGGAAGAGAGAAAACGGCUCCUCUUGUUGGAAGGCCCCUGUCGUCUUAUGAAAGACCUUGCAAGGACAAUCUUAACUGUGGGUGAUUAUGACCAGCAGGUGGCUCUUUGUGAAGCGUUGUGUAGAUUGGCGACAAGAAAAUCCAGGGAGGACUUUGUCCCUCAGUGGUUUGAAGAUGACACCAUUGCUAAGGCUUUCAAAGAAAUUAACGACCGAGAAUUUGAGACGGAUUGUAGACGGUUUAUCAAUCACCUAAAUGACAGACUUGGUGACCAAAGAAGGGUCUAUUCAUUUCCCUGCAUUGCUGCUUUUGCUGGUGAGCAUGAGAUGAGAAAACCUGCAGAUGAAAAAUUAGAGAAAUUUUGGAUCGAUUUCAACCUAGGGAGUCAGAGUGUAACUUUUUAUAUAAACAAUCCUGAGAGUGAUCUGUGGGACUCAGUAAGACUUUUGAAGGAAGCAGUGGUGAAUUUCAGCAUACUAGAAACUGAGAUGAAGAUGCUCGAAAUUUACCUGAAGAAGCCUAUUAAUAUCAGAAACAAAGAAGUGACGAAAAUAGAAAUCCAUUUUGAAUUGCAGUUCAACAUAUCACAAGCUUCCAUUAAAGCUUUAGGAGAAGACAAACAGGUGAUGCCUGACCAGACAAAAACCUCAGCUGUUUUUAGUGAAUUAGAGAAAGAAGACACUGAGAUUCCUAGCAGCCACAAAACAGAGACAGACCAAGCAAAGGACUCUACCGAGACGGCAGAGUUAACCAGGGCUGAAGAUGACCACCUCCUGAUAACUCUCCCCUUAAAUAACCAGUCUGAGCCUGCUCAAACAAAUACAGCUGAUAAUUCACCUGAAAAAUCAAAACUGGAUGAUACACAAAAAGUUACUUCAGAACUCAAGUAUUCUGUGGAUUUACAAGAAUCAUCAGCAACAAUUCAGUUUCCUGCAUUAAAUGACGCAUCUAGGAAAGAUUCUGCUUUUGAGGAUAAUAGAAAGCAAGAAACACGGAUGUCGUUUGGUUAUAGGAAACACCUUUUCUCGGAGAGUAAUCAAGAUUCAAGUAGUAGCGGCAGUGAGCUGUCUUGGGCUGGUAACCGAAAAAGGAAAUCCUUAAAGUCGUAUCCUAGUAGGAAAAAGACAAGAACCAGAAGCAGCAGCAUAAGAAGUAAGUCUGUCUUGCCUCUUUUUCCUCCCAGUAGUGGCAGUGACCUUGAGAAAGAUCAAGUUAAAAUUCUAACACCCUUACGGAAAGAUUCCUCCAGGCAAAAUAAUGUCACACCUCCCAAAAUUUCUGGAACCGAAUUUCAAAGUAGUUCUGCCUUUUUAACUCCUGAAGAUUCUGCCCAGAAAACAGAACUUCACAGCCCCAGCCCGCUGAGUGAUCUCUCUUCGCUGGAGCACUCAGAUGUUGAAGAAAAUGAAUCUAAGACUGUGGCCCCAGAGUCAUUGAUGAAAAGUACUACUUUCAAACAUAAACUGCAAAACGUGGAGGACAGAGAAGGCAUUUCAACUUCAUCCUUAAACAUUCCGCCAGAGAACUUAAAAGGUUCUGUGAUGAUCACUGCUUUUGAAAACUUCACUAGAGAACUGAAAAGAAACUAUGAGCUUAGGUACAGAAGGAGCCCACUUUAUUCAAAAAAUGCAAAGGAAGUACCAGAUUGCCUGAUAGAACUUUUAAGCCAGAUACAUCAUCGCAGACUGAAUAAACUGGAACAGUUUCACAGUUUUGUUCUUCAAGAGCUGAGCAAUCUUGACAAGGAUUUCGAGGUUCUUCAACGCCUUGAGGACGAUGUUCUGGAAUUUUUGGGGAAGCAGUCAGCUGACCUGAAAUCAUUCUGUGAACUGCAGCUGCAGAGCCUGAGCCACGGGGAGGAGACAAAGCAGCCUCCGGCCACACAGGCUGUGCCUUAGUGCUCUGUGCGCGUUCACGGCAAGUGGAGUUCCUGAGACCUGCCAAGUCAGGAUAGACUGUAAUAUGUUGGUCGUUUGUCCAUUUGGUCACAAAGGUUUACCUUUUGUAUUUAAAUUUGGUCAGAAAAUAAGAAGUUCAGGAUGUUUAGCAACUUGGAGUCAUGUUGCCCUUUUUUUUUUUUUAAUUUUUGAAAGUAAAAUUGAUUUUUGAGAAGCAGCUUCAAGUUAUUUGGAGAAGGGAAACCUCAGCAUCUGUAUAUAUAUAUAUACUACUUAGCAUGUCUCUUUAAGGGAGAGCUUACUUUGGGAUGAAAAGAGCUCAGAUGAAAAUAGUGUUGUAUUUUGAAAUAGUUAUUCUUCUGUUUGGCAGAUAUUCUGGUUUCUCUGGAACUUUAACAAAACUUCCAGCUUUAGCAGAGGAGAAAUAUUCAUCUUUUGAUAAUUAUUAAAUGCUCUAAUAAAGUCUGGUGCGUGGAGUUGUA